CUUGCACUGGCAGGAACUCAAAAGGUAGACUUGGGAGGGGUUGAAGAAAGAUAUAAAGGCUGGUAGCUGGAGUCACAAAGCAACACUGAACUGGAAAGACUCAAGGGGAGAAUAGGACACACUAGAACAUGAAGAUGAACUGGAAGCUUAUUUUUUGCCCUGGAUUCCUUCUGCUGCUUAUUGUCAGUCAGAACCAAGGAUGGGCCAGGCCCAUUUCCAGCUUACAGAGUUUGUCCAAACUGCUAGGGGAGGAUCUGGAACAUCCCUUGGUCUCAGAAGAGAAGGACCAUCAGCAAGAAGACAUGAUCCCAAUGGAUGCCUUUGGUCAGCAAGAUGCUGAACUCCAGUGGAUCCAGAAGACCAGAGAGCAGCCUGAGAACACUUCCAUGGGUGACAGUGCUGUCCAGAAGUUCCUCAGCAGCCUCCUGAGUUUGCCCCGUAGUUACCGGGGCAGAAGCAAAAAGGGCCUUUCCAGGGGCUGUUUUGGUGUCAAGAUGGACAGAAUUGGGUCACUGAGUGGACUGGGAUGCUGACUGCUUACCAUGGACUGACUGAGGUUUCAAAGGACCUGUUGCCUUUCAGUGAGAUUUUCAACCCUUAUUCACAUUGGCUCCACCAAUCCACCUAUUAGAUGAUGUAGUGAGCAAACUGCAGCCCAUCUCUCCACUGAGUUACCUGGCCAGUAAAACACACCACUGCUGUACUGCCCAUUUAUAGCAGAGUAGUAAUUUGUGAACAUCUAUCUGGAAUUUAAUUACAA